CUUUUAUCGAUUCAAGUGUCGAUAUAGCCGUCGCUUGGAAACAGGUGACAAAAAAUGAAAUGAAAACCAAUCUGACAACAACAAAAUAAUAAAACAAAACAUCAUAAAUUCUGCGGAUUCUCCUUAUUCUUCAAUCUGAAUUAGCCACCGAAAAAAAAUGUACAUAAUUGGACAGCUUUAUAAUCUUCUAUUGACGACAAUCUAUUUCUUUUUUCGUAAAUUACUCAAAGGUUUUUUACGUAAAACAACUGGAUUAUGUGAAUUGCAAAGAAUUUGUUAUUCGGCUGAUUAUUCGAAUGCUUAUCGAUCAAAAUCAGUGGAACAAUCAUUGAAGCUAUCUAAAUCACCAGUAUUACAGAAAAUUGAUACCGAAUUAACCGGUAUUGCAUUGGCUGAUCAAUUGGUUAAUCGUUGGGAAAUUGUGGAAAAAGCUGUAGAAGCCACAUUGGUCACUAAAUGUAUCAACACCAAUAUUCAUGUCGAUUUCACUCAACCUUAUCGAAUUUGUUUGGUACAAAUAUAUGGCUAUCGGCAAUUGAUUGCACGAUUAGAUCGAUUACGAGCCAUCGCAUUUGAUUCGGAUAAUAAAUCGCAUAGAAAAUUAUUAGAAACAUUAUGGGAAAAUCUAUGUCCUGAUCGUAAACUUGAUGGAUUGAUCAGUAAACAAUGGACCGAGAUUGGUUUUCAAGGCAACGAUCCUAGUACAGAUUUUCGUGGUAUGGGUCUAUUAUCGUUGGAGAAUUUAGUGUUUUUUGCCACAGUAUUUGGUGAAUAUGCACGAAAUAUUCUAUCACAUUCAUUACAUCCAACAUAUGGUUAUCCAUUUGCUGCUGUUGGUAUAAAUAUCACUCAUUUAGCGCUGAAUCUAUUACGUAUGAAUCAUCUUCAAACACAUUUAUUCAAUUCUGAAACCAGACUUUAUGUGAUUGAAGAUUUUCAUAAAAUCUAUGCCUAUUUAUUCGUUUCAUUCGAUAAACUUUGGAUUCGUUCGAAACCAAGUUCAGUAAUGGAAUUUAGUCAUAUUCGAGAUAAAUUUGAAGCUGCCGUUAUUGAAAAAUUAAAUGAUGAUCGUUCAAUGUUUCAUUGGGAUCCAUAUUUGGAAACAAUCUAG